AUGGAGAAGAGCCUGCCAUGGUGGGGAUGCGUGGCAUUGAUCCUCGUCGCCGUGGAGUAUGUCAACCAAGAUCUCCUCGACGGCAGUGCCUUGAACCUCCGGCAAGUUUCCCAGGUGCGGGCAGCAAGGAGGCUGGACGAGAUGCCGCAGGUGGCUCUGAGUCCUUCACCGGCGCCGCAGGAGUUUGAUCUUGACCCAACCCAGACAAUUCAGGGGACAAACCAUACCUUGACGGAUGUUGACAACACGGACCCCCGGCAUCCCCACGUGGGCCCGUACAUCGAUCCAGCAGAGAUCGAGAACAAGGUCCUCUUUAUGGAAGUGCCCUGCUUGGACUUAUUAUUCUUCAGUUACCAGCUGAUCCUUCCCUGUGGCAACUUGUCCGUGCCGCCGGAGGGCAUCGAGUUCGAAACAUUCUUUGGGGAGUAUCACGUGCCAGGUUCAGCAGUGCUAGUGGAUACCGUCAGGCACACCGAGAGGGAAAUGACCCGGUACACCAUUCUCCUCAUCAUCCUUGGCGUCAUAGGCUGGUUGUGCUCCACCUUCUGCAUCCCGUCCAACCGUGAGAGGUUCGUCAGCAAAGUGCAAAAAGUCCUUUCUGGCAAGCUUGCCUCCGAUUUUGAUGAUGAGGAUGAUGAGGAUGACAGUGAUGCGGAGAACCCCGGCCGCGAGGAGGAGCUGAAGGCUCGGCUGGACCCCAUGUCGCCGGAGUUCAUUGCCCCGGGCAACAUCUACCGCGUGCUGGCAGUUCUCCAUCCUGGAAUCAUCGGAUAUGUCACCUGGCUCGGGUACGCCUUGAGGGCCUCGAUUGUGGCCUACAUGCAGAUUUGGAUACCUUACAACAUCGUCACGAACACGCUGAAGCGAUGGCAGUGUCUGGGGGUCAAGUCUCCCCUGUGGUUCUUGGCCAACGGUGGAACCUUCUUGGCGAUGGUCACUGCUUUAGGCACCCUUUCUUCUAUGUUUGCACAAAAGUGCGUCCGCCACAUCUUUCAUGGAGCAGAGGCGAACAUGUACAUCCUCUCGUAUGACAAUCCAAGUGAUGGCGACAGGCCAGCAAGCAGACGGUCGUCCGUAUCGUCACAGGCAUCCGAGCAGCCUCUGGCCGGACUGGGUGGACUGUCCGAGGGGGUGGAGCAGGCCUUCGGAAGCUUAAAGGGAGGCGUCGGCACGGCGUACCAGCAACUUCAACAUCCCGAGCUUUCAGACAAAUCAGCUAGCUUCAACGAGUAUUUCUGGUGCAAUGUGUCGAUGCUCUUGAACGUCGUGAUGUCCGUUCUGCUUGAGCUUGCCAUGUUUCUGAAGGUUGCCACCUUCACGGGCCGCAUUGCCAACGUGGCGAUGACGGCUGUGUCCCUCUACUUCAUCUUUGACCUCGACAACCGGAUCAUGGAUGCAGACCCCAAGCUGAAGAGGCGAUAUCGCAGGACGGUUGCCGCACAAACCGUGCCAAUUGCCCCAGAAAAGCGUCCGAGAAUGAUCCCCAUCAUGGCCAACAUCUUCGCCGCCAUCGUGAAUUUAACCGUGCCCUUGGCCUUGGUUGGCGUGGUGUUGAUCGCCUGGAGGCGCUAUGACGAUGGCUUCAUCAUUGGUGGAGAUGGCCUAUCGGUGGUCUGA